CUAUAAACCAGCUCGCCCUCUAGCCACUCACCUAGCACUUGCCUUUUCUUCAUCUCGUACACCACUUGGCCAAACAAACACCAUCCAAUCUAUUCACUCUCCAUCUGAAGAGACAGACGAACAUUCUCGAUUUCAGACUUCCAACUUCAGAACAGAUCUCAACCACCCACCAUGUCUCUGCACUAUCUCCCCGCCGUCAAGCCGUCGGCCAUCGCCCUCGGCACCGUCUUCAACCACGCCGCUGAGCUGGCCGUGCUCACCCCUCUCUUCGGUCAGACAUACCAGCGCGCCAAGGCGUCCAACACCAAGGAGGAGUUCCUCCGGUCACGGGAGGCAACGGGCGCCGCCAUCGCUUGGGGUACCGCCUUCGUCGGCUCGGGGUUGCAGGCGUACGGUGUGGGUGCCCUCAUCAACGCCACGGGCACCCUCAGCUAUAAGGGUGCGGCCUACUUGGGCGGCCUGAUCUUUGCCGCUACCAGUGCUCCUACCUUCAUCAGCCAACUAUUCGUCGAGAAGCGUGCGCUGGAGCAGGUGGGUGUCAGCGUUCUGGCCAAGCUGUUUGAGACGGUUGGCCUGUCUGUCUUUAUGACCUGGUGGGGAACACGCACCAACCCGUUUGAGCACACCGGCGCCGGUGGCACCCCCCUGACCCGGAGCGCGUUCCGGUCCGACUAAACGGAGAGAAGGAAACAGAACGGGGUUGACAUUCUUUAAUUGCAUCGAGCGCACCCAAUAGAGUGACCUCGGGAACAGAAUGGGUUGUGGUUUCGCGCGUUCUUUGGCUGUAAUCGUACUCCGGUGUUAGCAUUCAGGAAUCUGGAAACUUUGAUCACACUUGCCAUUUUCU